AUGUCUUUUGCUACAACUACAUCAACUAUCGUUUCUGCUGCAAUGGCAGAAAGAAUUCGUUUAAAGCCUUAUAUUGUUAUUACUUAUUUGAUGACUCUUGUCCAUUCAAUAACUGCACAUUGUAAUCCAACAAAUGCUCUUCUCGGAACUUUUAUGUUAUGGUGGGGAUGGUUAGCAUUCAAUACUGGGUCAACAUUGGGAGUUGCUUAUAAUAGAUGGAGACUUGCUUCGAGAUCGGCAAUGGUUACAUUAUUAAGUUCAAUAGGUGGUGGCUGUACUUCGAUUAUUAUUUCGUUAGUUUCGACGAGAAAAUGUCAAAUCGAUUUAUUAAUUGAUGGAUUACUUGCUUCUUUAGUUUCUACAACUGCUGGUAAAUUUUUUAAAAAUUUUUUAAAAGCGCAAAAAUAUCUCUAAUCUGAUUGUGAGUGCAAAAUUUUUUAGAGCAAGAAGUAAUCCCACUCUCUUUAUUUUUUCCGUUUUUCCCUUCGUAUUUCUUGCCACAAUUUAUAUAAAAUUUAACUAGCGAUGGGUUUGGCCACUGAUGGCUGCGGAUAGCUGGGUGCCUAUUAGGAUACUCUGGCGGUUUAUUUUGUUUUGCCCGUUGGAAAGCCUAUCGGCUUUGGGGCGCGCUUCGCGCGCUGCUAGAAAGUUUGGAUGGCCAACUCGGGCCUUUUCAGCCAACUCGGGCCUUCGGCCCUCGCCUUCGUCUUCCCCUCGUUGGGACUUAACAUUCCACUUAGAGACACUUCGAUCAUUUGGCCCUCGUCUUCCCCACGUUAGGGAAGACGAUGGGUGUCAAUUUUAGACGGGUGUCAUCUCGGAUUCCCUUUAAGUUGGUUGUUACUUCGGGCCUUCGGUCCUCGUCUUUCCCCCAAUGGGACUCGUCCUUCAACUUUUGUCAGCUAAAAAGCAAAACUUUGAAAAGUUGAAGCAAAUUGCUUCAAGUUUAGAAAAUUUCCAUAGUUGAAGCAAAUUUGCUUCGUAAACCAAAAUUUCAAAAGUUCACCAAUUUCUGCCACCAAUUUCACCUGUCAAUCUUUUUUCCCUCUCCCUACCAUAAUUUUCCGGAUACGGUACUCCACC